GCAAGCGAACGGUGAGUCCGUGAAAGUUUGUCGCGUGAGCGUUUCUACACGUGGUUCACGUGCUAUAUAAUAUUUGGUUAGGAAGCAGAGGAGUGAAAGACGCCGACGUCGCGACGGCAAUAGUGACUACGAAUUAACGUAGAAAGUGCCGGCAUGUUGGACUGAGUGAAAUAUUUCGAAUUGUGCGCAUGUGAGAAUAGGGAUGUCAAGGGAUUAAAGGGCGACAUAAUGGUUAUUCAUUUUAGAUUAGAAGUUUUGGCAGUGAUUCUGUUGUUACAUUUCGAUUAUGUCUUCAGUGACGAUCUUCUUUCGUUACCUCAAUCAUUCACAGACGUGGGAGAUGGUGGAUCGGAAUUUGAAGUUUACAGCGAAUAUGAUUUACUUGCGGCCAUUCCAAUACCGUUCCCAGAUCCGAAGACCCAAUACAUAGAAGACGACGGUCACGACGGAUUUCCAGCAUUCGGAUUUAGAGCCGGAUCAGACCUAAAAAUCGCCCACAGGCAAAUACUACCAGAGAAACUAAGUUCGGAAUUUUCUAUUUUAAUAAGCGCCAAGCCGAAGAGUAGACGCGGGGCAUUUAUAUUCGCUGUGGUUAAUCCUUACGAUACGGUUGUAGAGCUGGGAGUAAGGAUUGCUCCCGAUGGACCAAUAACGUCUAUCGUUAGUCUCUACUACACUGAUUUCAGUCAAAUCAAUUCACACAGCAUAGCAAAUUUUACAGUGCCAAAAUUCUACAACAAAUGGAUGCGUUUCGCUUUCCGCGUCACUCUUGAAAAUGUUACCUUAUAUUUCAAUUGUAACGAAACGGAAACUGUUCUAGUCCAGAGGAAUCCCAUAGAAUUAGUAUUCGAUUCUGCGUCUACUUUGUAUUUAGCACAAGCGGGACCUAAAUUCGGUGAACCAUACGAAGGCGCUAUAGACGAGCUGAAAAUAUUCAGAGACCCGAACAUGGCAGCGCAACAAUGCAAAACAGAUUUCCAGGAUCUUCAAUUCGUAGACGAAGAUUUUAAGAGUAACGAAGUAGAAAGAAUGGACUAUGAUGGUUCGUAUCGAGAAGGCAGCGGCAACGAAGAUCUCGGCUUAUUUCCACCACCACCUCCACCUCCAGAUGGUAAGAAUUGUUUCUGUGAUUCCGAUAAAGAGCAUUGUUGUAAUUCUAUUUCUGAUGAUGGUAAAGCUGCAUCUGGAUAUUAUCGAGGAGAGAAAGGAGAUAGGGGACCUAGGGGGCCACCAGGGGAAUCAAUAAGGGGACCUCCAGGCCCACCAGGACCUCCAGGUCUUCCAGGAGCACCAGCGCCCGAGACUGUGUGCAGUUGUAAUUUAACCUCAAUAAUAAGUACAAUAACAAAAGAAGCUAACAUUCCGUUCACACCGAGUGAAAGUCGAGUGGGUCCACCAGGCUUAACCGGUUUACCAGGUAUACCCGGAGAAGUAGGUCCCAGAGGUCCACCGGGAGAUAAAGGAGAAAGAGGUGAACGUGGAGCUCAAGGACACGAUGGUUUACCUGGUCCUAAAGGAGAACCUGGAAAAGAUGGAUUACCAGGAUUACCCGGACCACCGGGACCUCCUGGUCCAGUGGAAUUUGAAAAUGUAGAUCCGAGCUGGAAACCAAGAGGUCCUUUCAAGGACACUGUUUUGGGAGGAUCGAUGGUGAGACCAGGAGUACCCGGCCCAAAAGGUGAUCCAGGAAAACCAGGAUCGCCUGGAGCAAGAGGUGAAAAAGGACCAUCCGGAUCGAAAGGUUCACAUGGAGAACCUGGCUUGAAAGGAGAACGAGGUGAUCGGGGAAUACCGGGAGAAAAAGGCGCUCCAGGAAAAAAAGGUGAUGAUGGGUCACCCGGUGUGGACGGAAUACCUGGAAUACCUGGCAGGAACGGGGAGAAGGGAGAGAAAGGAGAUAUAGGAUACCCAGGACCUCCAGGAUUACCCGGUCCGUCUGGUAUACAAAUAGCUGCAGGAACAGCUCAAGAUGCUAUUCAACUCAUGCCUGGACCUCCUGGUGCUAAAGGCGAAGUAGGAGAGAGGGGUCCAAAAGGCGAUAAAGGUGAUGCUGGAGAAGCAGGUAUUCCGGGAGUUUCUGGUUUUCCUGGAAAUCCAGGAAUUGAUGGUGAAAAAGGAGAACCUGGAGUUGAUGGUGCUGUUGGGCCUGUUGGUUCACCUGGUUCUAAAGGAGAGAAGGGAGAAAGAGGUCCACCCGGUUCUAUUUUAAAUGCGGAUGGAACUGAAAGUAUCUUAACAAUCAAGGGUCAAAAAGGAGAAAUGGGAAAAAGGGGAAGGAGAGGGAAGCCUGGGCCAGUAGGUCCUCCUGGUCCACCAGGAAAACUUGGUGAAAUGGGACUGCCCGGAUGGAUGGGUCGACCUGGAAUUCCUGGCGUUCCUGGAGCUAAGGGAGUAAAAGGAGAACCAGGAAACGGGUCGGAAAAAGGACAGAAAGGAGAAGCGGGUGCUCCGGGUAAAGACGGUUUACCAGGCCCUGCAGGUCCCCCCGGACCUCGAUCGUCGGAUGAAACGACAAGGUAUAUUCCAGUGCCUGGACCUCCUGGGCCUCCAGGUCCUCCGGGUCCUGCCGGUAUGCCUGGAUUAUCCAUAACAGGGCCCAAAGGAGAGCCAGGAAGUCCUGCUUAUGGAGAAACAGCUCAUUAUAGCCGACCAGGAACGAAAACCAGCUUCGAAGAACUUAAAGCUCUGAGGGAAUUGAAAGAGCUGAGGGAUUUGAAGCAAGGACGAGCUACUGCUACACCACCUUUACAACAACCCACUGAACAUCAACUUGCAUCAGCUCAUGUGGUUCCAGGUGCUGUAACGUUCCAAAACAAAACUGCAAUGACCAAAAUGACAACGGCAAGUCCCGUAGGUACUCUAGCAUACGUUAUCGAGGAAGAAGCUUUACUGGUUAGGGUCAAUAAUGGAUGGCAGUACGUAGCGCUGGGAUCACUUCUACCGGUAACGACACCAGCACCUCCAACAACAAGCACUCCCCAGAUUAGACCCCCGUUCGAGGCAAGCAACCUCAUCAAUCACAUAUCUAAACCAGCAGAUGUUUCACAUUGGUAUCCUAAAAUGUUACGUCUCGCGGCAUUAAACGAGGCGUAUACCGGUGACAUCCAUGGGGUAAGAGGUGCCGAUUACGCUUGUUAUCGCGAGGCUAGAAGAGCCGGUCUCCGGGGAACCUUCAGGGCCCUUCUAUCUUCCAGAGUUCAGAACGUAGAUUCCAUAGUUAGACAAGCCGAUCGCAAAUUGCCGGUAUGCAAUCUUAGAGGAGAAGUGCUAUUUAAUUCAUGGGCUGAAAUCUUCAAAGGUGACGGAGGUGCAUUUCCUCAUCCUCCUAGAAUAUAUUCGUUCAGCGGUAAGAACGUUUUGUCUGAUUUUUCGUGGCCAGAAAAAGCAGUAUGGCAUGGAGCUCUUCUCAACGGAGAAAGAGCAUUGGAUACAUCCUGUGACGCCUGGCAUACUUCCUCGAAAGAAAAAGUUGGUUUGGCAGGAAGCCUAAAGGGUCCAAGACUUUUAGAACAAACACCGUACCCUUGCGAUAAAAGACUAAUAUUGCUUUGUAUUGAAGCGACGACUGAGCAGUUUGUGCAAAGGAAGAGGAGGGAUGCUAAUGAAAAUAAAGAUUAUCAGCUCAACGAAGAAGAAUACUACAAUCUACUGAAUUCCAUUCAUUGAACGUCAUAUCUUACAGAAAAUCGUUCCAUCCAUACUCAUUAAAUUCAUAUAGACUUUUUGUGUCACGUGUCGUAAGUGUGAGAUCUACUACGUUGUUGUUAAAAAUAUUGUAAAAAGUAUUUUAACUACAGUCACUUUACGUUUUUUUUUUGUGAUUUUAUUAAUGUAUUUACAUAAGUGCUUCUAAGUUGUAUAUAUAUAUAUAGUACUUAGAUUAAUUUAAUAUUUUUUUAUUAUUAGAAAUUGAUGUGUAAGAAAUAUUGAUAUCAAAAAAAUUUAAUCUAAAUAUAACAAACAUCAAGAAAAUCAUCUUGUUCGCAAUUUUCGAUAUGUUUUGAUAAUGAUUUUUGUAACAAUUAUUAUUAACGUGUAAGAAGAUUGACGAGUUACAAUUUCCGUUUAUUCAUACUAUAUGAAACUAAAUUUCAUGAUUGCGUAAUGGGCUUACAACUCCACGCCCAUUCAUAGCAUGCUACAUAAGAAAACGUGCCCUAUUUUUAGAGAAAUUGCAUAAUGUGCUGCCUACAUUUAGGAGCAUCACUCUUUCAAUCUUAAGUAUAUCUCGUUAAUGCUGAAAGUUUUUAUGUUUUUUAAUUGACUAAAUUUGUGUAAAUAAACCAAAUAAAGUCUUACGUAAAUAAAAAUUUGAUUUUGAAUUUAAUUAAACCAUGAAGUUGAAGUUUUCUUCUCAAAGCGCUGACAGUGGGAUUUUUGACGUUUACGGACAUGGGCGUAGAAAAAAUACUUUCUCAGUCUUCCCUGAGUCGGUGCUCACAAGCAAUAACAUUUUUGGAUAUAUAUCAUGAAUUAUUUGGGAGAAUUCUAAGAAUGGCUAUAAUUUAAUUGGAUAUUGAUGAUUGUUUGAAACCGUUGGUGAUAUUCAUACUGAACACACUGCUUACACUACCAAUCACAAUUACACUGUCUGUCGCGCAUUUCGAUAACCAGGUUAUCGUCUUCAGAGACGACGAUAACUUGGUUAUCGAAACGCGUGUCAUACAGUGUAAUUGUGAGUGCUGGUGUAGUAGUAGUGUGAACAGUUUGUUCAGUAUGAAUAUAACAAAAACUUCAACUCAAAUACAUUAAAAUACAAAUUAUUCUUGUUAUACAAUGAUGAAACAGUAUUUAAACACAUUAAAGCAUCGUUUCUCUAUUAUUUUAAUCGCCAUUACCUUCUUCAUUCUUGUCUAUUAAUUCAUGUAAAUUUUUUGCAAAAUUUGGCAAUCCUCGAAUCUUUCAUCGGGGUUAGUGCUUCAAUAUAGUACAGUAUAUAAAAAAAUUUUUGCUUCAGUUAAUUUGAUAUAUAAUUUGAAAAAAAGCAAUACAGCGGUAAAAAUUUCUUUGAAAACAUUAAAGCAUUGUUUUUCUAUUUUUUUAUCGCUGUUAUCUUCUUUAUGUGUAGUUCUUCUUUUAUGUCUAUUAACCCAUGUUCGUUAUGUGAAUUUUUUACCAAAUUGGGCAUUCCUCGAAUCUUUUGUUGAAGUUAGUGCUUCAACACUGUAUGACAUUAUUAUUAUGGUUCUUAGUAUCAUGAAUAGUUUAAAUAAUUGAUUUUUUCGUAUUCCGAAAUAUUUGACAGUUUCUUGUUCGGUGGUAAUGUCAUGAACUGACUAAAUAUUAUAGUGACGACAAAAUUUUACAUACGAACCAUAGAUGGUCUAAUUUUCUGAAUUUUCACAACAAAAAAGCAAUAUUAUCAUAAGAAUAACUAGACGAAUCAAAUUACGUUGCAAAUAUUAUCAGAUUUACAGUAAGAACAACAAUUCUAUUCUUUUGGAAUAGAUUGUAAUCCAAUGUUUUUCCUUAUGAAAAGAUGUCUUAAAAGUGCUUUUCACAUAAGAUACUUGUUACAAUGAACAGGGGCUCAUUGUAAGAUUUAAGAAUCUUUUUCUGACAACGAUUUAAUAUCUUCUAGUAUAAUGAUUCGUCGGUAAAACCAGAAAAGAAUGUAUAUCUAUUAAAACAGAUUUUAAAGGAGAGCUUCUAAACUAUGCUAGCAUAUUUAAAAAUAACAAUUAGCCCUCAAAAUUUUUUGUAUAUAAAGCAGAAGAAUUUAUUCACACACUUAUUCAUGUUACUUUUUUUUCUUUAUAAUGGAUUUCUAACAUAUUUCUCUUAAAAAAUUAAAUCAUAUUGAGAAGUGACACAGUUGUCUAGAAAUAUCAAUUCCAAUUAUUAAUAUGUAAGAAUGAAACUCAAAUAAUCGUACGUCUUCAUUCUUCAAUCAAUUUGGAGUAUUCUGGGACUAAUUUUUUUCUGAUCUUCUUAUUAUAUAGUCCCUAUUUCUGUCUUCUUUCUUCUUAAUUACAUAAAAGAAUUCCAAUCUUCUUCGUUUUUUAUUUUAUUCAUAGGAAUCAUCUAUUCUCACAUAAUUGGGUUUUCUCUUCUUUAUCACGACAUAAUUGUUGUAUCUGUGACAUCAAAUCCAACAUAGCUCAUUCAUUGAUGUAAUUCAUUCCAUCCCUUUCUGAAGCUACAACAUUAUUGUGGCCGUCGUAAUCUCCGCUAAGUUUGUAUAUUUUCAAUGUCUGGAAAACAGAAUACGUUUUCCAGAUAUAUCCUAGCACCUUCUGCAUCAGUGGAUUGUGCAAUAUUGUCAAGCUCGAAAAUUUUUGAAAUUAUCGUGACAUCUUGGUUCACAACUUCCAUUAAUAAAUUCUACUAUUUUUCAUUAAAUUUUUUUCGACUUUAGUAGCUCUCGAUUAUUAUUUAUUCGAUUGGCAACAUUCCUCUAACUGUAGUAAAUUCUUUAUCAUUUAAUGAGCGGAACAUGGGGUAUAUCUAAAAAACAAAAUUUAUGCUUAAAAAACGAAAGUAAAAAUAUUUCAUAUUCCAUACUUACCUAAAAAUUGAUAACGAAACAAAAAGUAGGUCUUGAAUAAAGAUCGUGAAAAACACGAUAAGACUUUGCACUCGCCGUACACCCACCUUUGUGUAACCUCACUUAAAAUAGGCAUAUAUAUUGUAAAAUUUUUCGUAUUUAUUUACACUCUUUCUGUUCGUGGGGUGAAUUAUUAAACACUGUCUAUCACGUUCUUAAUUUAUUUACACACUAUACAAAACAUAUAAUAAUUCAUUUAUAAAUAUCACUUGAACAAUUUCUGCAAUUACCUUUACUAAUUCGUUCUUUUCACUACGACUAUUUAUGUAAAACUAACUACAUAAGCUACAUAAACUUAUUUAUAUACCACAAAUAGAAUUCUACAAAAUCCUAGAAACAACAAAAAUAAAUAAAUAGGAUUUCUUAGAAAUUAUUUGAAAGAAAUACUGUAAUAAACCGUCUUCUAUAAUAAAAAAGUCAUCAAAGGCGCGUCCGGCAUUUAUAAAAAACAUAUUAGAUGGGCCGCGCGAAUUCGCCGAUUUUUAAAAUUUCAUUGUAGUUGGACAGAGUCGGCAUAAGGACCCAAGUUUCCCUGCGAACUGGUACAGUUCGGAAUUAGAUUUAUUCUUUAAAAUCUUUAUUUGAACAACAAAUAAAUACAUACUUUGACAGGUUGUAGCCACAAAAUUUAAUCAAGAGAGAAUACUUUGAGCCAAAUUUAAAGAAAACAUGCAGUUACACACAUUUCUGGUUUCAUAUUUAUACCUAUUCUUUGGCGAUAGAAAACAAUUUAUUCACUUUAGAUCACAACGGAUUUAGGUUUCCUUCAAUAAAUGUUACUAAAAGCAGUAGAUCACUGUUUUCUUUUGGUAUAAUUCCCAAGUUAACAUUAGAAUAGAACUCCAGGUAUACCUACUAUGAAUAUAUAACCAAUAUUCUAUUAGAUAUAUUUCAAUUCUGGAAACAUUAACUUUUCAAUUAAAAAUAAGAAUUAUUUCAAUAUGCCAUGAUGUACGAUGUCAACGCGUUGGUUAACAACUUCAACGAUAUAUUUGUAUUUCUUAUAAUUGGGAUAUUCGUUUAUGCUUAAUGUCUUUAUAGCUUAUUUUUAAUGAUAUUAAAGUGACUGUAGUCGAUACCAAAUAAAUGUAAAUAAGUAACACGUAUUCUGGCAUUAUUAAUUCUUUUGUACUUUUUUAUUAAACACAUCUUGUGUAAAAUAAUAUGAUUGCCGAUAAGUGAUGUUUAUUGAUUUUGUCCAAUUUUGAUUGCUUCAAAAUUGUUAGCCAGUGAAAUUUGAUGUAGUAUACAGAUGACCAAAAAAACAAUUACAAUUUAAUUACA